UCCGGUACUUUUUUUUUUACUCUCUUGUAGAAUCUAGACUGCAGCAUCGCCAAAGUCGGAUAUUUCAUCAACUAUGUAAGGCAAGUGCAAGGCAUGGUCAACUUAUACUGCUAAAGAUCUAGACAUCUUCAUCAUGGGACAAGCAGCAUCAAAACAGGAGGCAUUCUGGGAAGCAUGUGGAUUUGGUCAUGCAGAUAAAGUCCGGAAAUUUCUAUCCGAUGGUGACAUUGAUGUCAAUUGGGUUUCCUACACACAUGAUUGCUGUCCUAUCCACGUGGCAUCUCAAGGGAAGCCAGCAAUUGUACAGAUGCUGUUAGAUGCUAAUUGUAAUGUGAACGUGAAAGAUAAUAGAGGAAACCUGCCAAUCCACCACGCUGCUAUGAAAGGUCACUCUGAUAUCAUGAAAACACUGAUAGACGCUGGAUCUGAGAUCAACACACAGGACAAGAAUGGCUGGACACCUCUUCAUUGUGCAAGUUAUUGGGGACAUCUCGAAGCUGUCCAAGUGCUAGUGAAGCAAGGUGCAGAUGUCAACACAAAAAAUAAGGAUGAGCGAACAGCAUUACAUGAAACAGCAAGGUCUCAGGACUACCAUGAGGAAAGGCUUGGAGGGAUAGCUAACAUUCUCAUAGAUGCGGGGUCUGAUGUAAAUGCUAAAAGUAGUGACUUGGGAGAGGCCGAUUUCACUGGUCUCAUGUUUGCCGCCUACCACAACCAUCCUGAAGUUGCCUUAGCAUUUACAAACAAUGGCUGUGAUAUCAACGCAUACGGAACUAACGGCUGGACGGCGUUACACUGGGCUGUUGACCGAGACAAUGAGGAAAUGUUGUAUGUUCUAUUAGAGGAAGGAGUGGACCCUACAAAACGUGCUGUGCGAGGUGAGCUGGCAUCAGAUCGUACUUCCAGGCAAGAUCUCAAAGAUGUCCUAAUGAAUGCUGUCAACAUGUUUAAUGAACUUGCUGGUCUUGAAGAACACAAAAAAACAAAGGAAGCAAAUGUGAUGGAACUGCCAACAAAUCAGAUGAAGAGAAAUGAAAAAGAUCUCCCAAAAUCUGAGGAAAAAUCUUCCGAAAACGAGACUGUAACAGAAAAAAUGGAAAAUUCAGAGGAAAAGAGUGAUGUUUCAUCAGAAAUCACAGACUGUGCAACUGAAACCAGUAACAGUGAGGAUUUAAGUGCAAUAGAGGAAAUGGCAGAGCCUACGGACUCAGGAAAUAAUUCCAGUGACAAGGGAGAUAACUUGUGCAAUAAUCUGAUAAAUAUUUCUGACGCUGCAAUUGAGAAUACGAUAGAGAAAACUGAGAAAUUAGACAUCAACAAAGAAGAUGAAUGAUAAUUUAUAAAUCUAGAGAUAAUUCCUUGGUGAAAAGAUUUUUUACCUGAAAUUCAUAAAAGAACAAAACAAUCUUUUUGCAAUGAGACCAUGUAUGGAUUUUAAUAUUUGAUGAAAUAUUACACAAAACAAAUAAGCUAAUAUGAUCUAAUUUAUAUACACAUCUUUGUACUUUUAUAUUAUGUCUGAAAGUACACUAGUUUUUUUCUUUCUUUUAAAAUUUCAAAAUCUGUAUAAACAUUGAAUUACUUGUACUGUAAUCAUGAGGAAAUUUAGAAGAUAUUAUUCAAUAUAUAGGAUACAUGUGUAUGAUAACUAAAUGAUCAAAAUUUGAGGAAUUCAAUGGAAAUAUAAAAAUCAGUUUUAGUUACUUUUCAUUAUUAUCUUUCCCCUUGUACAAAGUUGAUGAUUAUAAAGCAACAAAUAUGUUUUUUUUUGGCUUAGGCAUCCUUCCUCUACAUGUAGUUCCAUUGACAAACCUUGUUCUUGCGAGCAGCAAAGACACACAACUGUUUAAGUGUCUGGUCAGUGUGUGUUAUAUGUUUAUAUAACCAAAAUAGGUCUUCUGCAUAAUGUCAAUAAUGACUUGAAUGACAUACAGCCCAACCGUCACCAUAUUCCAUAGUAAUGUAUAAUGCUGCUUGUAGUUAAUUAUGUCACUAACAUGUUUGUCCUCCAAAGUCGAGAUUUAUCAUCAGUACCUUCUUCUCUUAAAAGUCAAUUCUAAAUCAGUGAUGUGUGUAUGGAUAAAUACCUAAAUCUUACUAAAACUCUUUUGUCACACCAAGGAGAAAACACAUUAUAUAUAUAAUUCAUUUUAAAAUUUCAAGAGGCUGCAUUUUUUAUUUUGAUAAAAUUGCUUUAAAAAUGAAACAUGUGAGAGUUAUGUAAAGAUGAUGAAUGAUGGACACAAUUGAGAUGUUAUUUCUCAGGAGUAAUGCUGUAAUGCUUCUUAAUGUUCGAAAAGUCACGUCUCGCAUUAACUUGGGGAAAAGGCACUCGAAUUAAUACGCUAUUAAUACACAAAGCACACUAUCAUGACUGGAAAACCGAGAUCUCUACUUUGGAAAGUCUUCGCACACUGGAGAUGAUUUGACUUUAAAAUUAUUUUACAGCAUCAGGGAUAUUGUAACUACUGUUACAAUUGUUACAAUAUCCCUGAUAUCACAUGAAAUAGUAGAUCUAAUUUUAUUUGAAAAAAGAAAUGAUUUAAAAAAAAGAUUUGAUAAGUAUUUAAGAUGAAAAGAUAAUUUAAUGUGCUGUCAAUCUUUACAUGAAGUUCUAAUGGAGAUGCUCCUACUUUUAUUAUUGGGUAUAGAAAUACAAGUGUUUGUUUGCUGGGUUUGUUGCCUCAGUGAACAGCCAGGGUCAUUCUGAGGCAGGGUCUCCUUGUAGUAGUUGGUGACUACCUCACCGAAACAAUAAACGGGAGGCCCGUCGCAUGCCAUCCAUAGCAAUUAUCGUAAAGUGUCUUACCCAUGGACUUGUACAACCAAGACAACACAGACUGAUCCAUUUCUCAGCUUCCUGUGAAACAGGAGCGUCGUACAUAAGGUUAAAACUCAGAAGUGAGAAGAUUGUUAAGUAUUAUGUGGUUAUGAACAAAAUUAUGCCAGAAAUGAAAAAUAAUAAUUAACUUGUAUCACAAUCUUAAUUGGAAAUAACAUGAUCAGUUCAUAACCAUGUACAUUUGUAAUUAUCAUCAAAUAUCUCGAGAGUGACUGUGUGAACAUGUCUUUGUAAUAUGUACGUAUUUAAUAUUUAUAUAUGACAGAUAAACAAAUUCCUUUGCUUUUUUUUUGUUAUGAUGAAGCCAGUACAAUUACUGAUAUCUCCUGUAUGUAUCCUACAUUUGUAUCAUACUGGAAUUGCCUUUUGCUGACUUCCUGGAGAAGAGGACAGUCUCUAUUGUCUUAUAAACAAGUAAAAUGUGA